CCGGGAUUAUUGCACAUAGUCACGGUGCUCACAGUUCGAGGUCUAUAGGAACUUCCCCUUCCCCGCUCCACCUCGGGGCGGAGCGAAAAUCCGGACGCUUCCGCCUUAAGUGUCUAUUUCUGUUCGAUCGCAGUCUGGGUCGGGCCCAGUGCACGGGAGCCGAGCAGCGGAGAGGACCGGCUGAGAUGGGUGGCGCACAGGACGAGGAGCAUCCCGCUGUUGGUUUGUUCCGGGAGUAUCUGAGGAUCAGGACGGUGCACCCUCAGCCGGAUUACAAUGGUGCCAUUGAAUUCCUUGAGAAGCUUGGUACAGAGCUGGGUCUUCCCUGUACGAAGAUUGGGGUUAGUCCUGGCCGCAGAGUCCUCAUUCUUACCUGGGAAGGGACUGACCCCAAGCUGAAAUCUAUCCUCCUCAACUCCCACAUGGACGUGGUUCCAGUGUUCGAGGAGCACUGGAAGUUUGAUCCGUUUUCAGCCCAGAAGGAUGAAGAAGGGAAUAUAUAUGGCCGAGGAACUCAGGACAUGAAGUGUGUGACCAUUCAGUACAUUGAGGCCAUUCGAAGGUUGAAAUCAGAGGGCAGAAGGUUUCCACGGACAAUUCACCUGUCGAUGGUUCCUGAUGAGGAGAUUGGGGGUUACACUGGAAUGGAAAAGUUGGUUAAGCGUGAAGAGUUCCAGGCGUUGAAUAUUGGGUUUGCGCUUGAUGAAGGUUUGGCCAACCCUGGUGAUGCCUUCACAGCAUUCUACGGCGAAAGAAGGGUGUGGUGGGUGACAGUGAGGUGUUCAGGUAGUCCAGGACAUGGGUCUCGCUUCAUCGAGAACACAGCAGGAGAAAAGUUGCGUCGAGUUCUCAAUUCGUUCUUGGACUUCCGGGAGAAAGAGAAGAAGAGGCUCAAUCAGAGUGUGUGCCUGACCCUGGGAGAUGUCACCACCAUCAACCUGACCUCCUUAAAAGGAGGCGUGGCCUACAACGUUGUCCCUGAUGAGCUAACGGCCAGCUUUGACAUCCGGAUUCCUCCUAGUGUAGACCUCAAGGCAUUUGAGGAGCAGAUGAUGGAGUGGUGUCAGAACGCAGGGGAAGGCGUUUACUGUGAGUUUAUACAGAAAAGCAUGAACAAGGAGCUGACUUCUAUCGACCAGUCGGAUCCGUGGUGGAGCACCUUCAGUAAUGCCUGUGUCCAGAUGGGCAUGACUGUGCAGACUGAGAUCUUCUCUGCAGGCACCGACAGCCGAUUUAUUCGGGAGAUGGGGUACCCAGUGAUUGGAUUCUCACCCAUGAACCACACGCCGAUCCUGCUGCAUGACCACAACGAGCACCUCAAUGAGAAGGUCUUCCUCAAAGGGGUCGACAUCUACUCCAACCUCAUCUCUGCCCUUGCCCAGGUCCCAACCCUCGCAGGGGAGGCCUGAGGGAGCAAGGGCCACUACACACUCUGCUCCACCCUUGCUGUUCACCCCUCCUCCUCCUCCCCCUAGUCUCCUAUCCCACUGCUCCUCCUCCUCCUCCUACCCCACUCCUCCUCCCCUCCUACUACCCCAUUCUCCUGAGCAAACGCUGCACACUCUAUUACCUCACUUUGACACUCUCAGGCUGAUUAGAUUUACCUUUAGGCCCUCCUCUGGCCCAUGACUUGUCUCCAACUUUUUCCCUCUGUCCAGUCGGCUGCCUUGAGCUCAGGGAUACCUUUAUACAUUUUGAAGCUGAAACUACCACCAGGCUCCUCCAGCAAGUUUUCACGUGACCCAGGUAACACCAGGCCUCCAACAGGUGCCAAGGCCCUAGCUUGGCGCAAGAGGCUGUGCCUUUACCACAGGCUCCCUCUCUGGCAGAGCAGCCACCCUCCUAGUCCAGUGAGGGCUCUGGAUCGGGGUGGAGUGCCAGGAAAACCCCAAGAAUUGGGGCUACUCCACAUUUUGCAGGUGGGGUUGGUGUAACUGGUCUAUAGCCAUCCCUACCCCAUCUUUUUAUACAUUCCUGAAGGGAGGACCGUGUCUGGGGAGAGAGGAAUUUGUGAACCUCCCAGAGAAGAGGGCUGGGUCUGUGUCCCCUCCCCCUGGAGAGGAAGAGGGCUGGGUCUGUGUUCCCCCCUCCCGGAGAGGAAGAGGGCUGGGUCUAUGGGAUUCUUGGACCCUCACAAUUCAGCCAAUGGAGGCAGGUGCAUCAUUGUCAAUGACUGAGUUGAUGCCUUAGGCCUCUCCUCCAUCCACUAGGCACGUCAGGAAUGGGACUGGACACUCCCCACUUGCGUACCCAAAACGCUCAACACCAUUCAGGCUCAACAGUCAUUCGAGUGACUCCCCAUCCACUAACCUUCACGUUCCCUCCCUCCACCAAGACUGCAAUGGGCACCAUUUUCAGCUUGCAGUGGAAUUGUUCACCCUAGCUAGUCCGACUGCGCCUCGCAAACCCAGCUUGUGGGAUUCCCGUCCACCCCUGCAGGACCCGUCCUUGUCACACGCUCCUGGGUUUCCCUCCCUGACAGCACUGGGAAUACCUUCAGCCAGAGGGCAGCGGUGGUUCCCAAAGAGUCCCUCGCAGAGAGCCGGGAUGCAGGUCCCGCUGACAGUGCCUGGAGGGAAAGGGGUGGCUCCCAGAGACGAGUGGAGUUGCAAAACUCUGAAGGAUAAAUGUAUGUUCUCAAGGCCGUGGAAAUAAAUAAACAUUGUGUUCUUCCAAAAUGAAGCAUUAUGCAGCGUAUACACCAUA